CUUGGACAUAACUUUUUUUUGGAAUUUUCUUUCGCGUCAUUAGGUCAGUGGGGCAGCCGCCCACUUUUAUGGGACACAAGUCGCUUUCUAGUUGCACCAUGGAAAACAAGUCGACUCGACCGAUCGUAGGAUUCACCGCAGAAAACCUCAAGUAUUGGAUGGGGAGUAACUCUUCUACCGGCUCUUUACAUGAUCAACGAAUUUACCAGCACCGUAGCAGCAUACAGUACCGAGAAUCAUGUGUCAGACGCUUGUCCCCCCUUCCCCACACUCGCACCCCAUUACGGGAUUCAGUGGAAGAAGAGCUGCGAGAGUCGGGUCGGUGCAAGCCUAAGGAACUUUUGCACUGUGGUAUCGUGCGCUGUUGCAACCUACGGUGUUUCCCUUUUGGGAGUUUGCAUACUUGAUUGCUUCACAGUGUACUGAAUCUUGUCUCAGGGUGCAGACUCCAGAGGCUCGAAACAAAUCGUCGAUGGAGGUCAAGCUGUCAGCCUCUUUUCUGCCCUGUACCGCUUUACUCCAACACAUCGCAGUCCCAGAUUCAUCGCGGCCCCCCACGUUACAGUUGUGGAUCGAUCCCAGAGGUACUUAACGAACAAUGCAGUCCGGGACGGAACAUUCCGCCUGCAGGACUUCACGGGCCCGUGUGAAAAGGGUUAUGUUGGACCUACUGUAGUGCCAGUUUGCAUUACAGUACGCCGGACGACGGCAACCGGGAGCCGGGGCGACUGCGGUACACGUGGUACUACGCCACGGCACAGUACGCCCAUUCGCUCACCGACCUCGACCUCGACCUGCCUGCUUGCCCCCGCUCCCCUGCCCUCCCCGUUGCCUGCGCCCUGCGCCCUGCGCUGGCUGGCUGGCUGGCUGGCAGAAGAAGUCUUUGAAGUUCGAACUCUCGUUCCGUCGGCCGGGGCUCGAGGAAAGAGAGCGCACAGAGGGCGAGAGGAGGCAGGAAAGCGAAGGGAGGAAUUGCCGCAGGUAAACUGUUUUUCGUACGGGAUAUUCAACAACUCGAGAGAAUCCGCAAGUACAACGAGGCGGAGCCGGGGUGCUGUCGUCGCCACAGUGCUGACGCAAUUGCUCCGCUGCGCCCGAGAUUGUGGAGGGAGAGAGUUUCGGCUUGAAAUUAGGGGAGGGGAGGAUAGCGGGAGGGGCAGUGAAAGACAAGACGGACAGACGAGGAGCUGGAGGCGCGCCUCAAAAUCGCAACAGGCUUCCCCCUCGUGACGAUGUCUUUUCCGGGCGCUGGCGAGAUUCAUUAGCACUGGUCGUUCUUGGAGGGCAAUUGAAUUGUGACGUGGAGUGGGGAGGACGAAGUGCGAAAGGUGUUUGGCUUCCGAGCAUUGACAGACGAACGAAGAGUUGGUUUCGAGACUGAGGCAGGGUUUGGAAGUGGUGAGAUUAUGAAAGCGGAGGAAGGAUGAGGGGAGUGCGCAGGAGUGGGUCGCUUGGUAGUAGUGGGCAGGGUAGUCGGACGGGCGUUGGGUCGACGGACUCAUAUAUUCUCGAUAAGUUGCUCCUUCCUCGUUUAGAGCAGUAUGCGCAAAACAACUCGAUAUCGAAUAUUGAUAACACUGUGGAGUAUUUGAGGAGGAACUAUCAAGAGUACCGCCGCAAGCAGCAAGGGCCGUUUCGAAAGAUUGUGACCAGAGCUGUGCAAAUUAUCAAGAGAAGGGUUCUCCCGGAGGAAAGUGCAGAAGAGGAGAAUAUUGUUGAGGAAGAGUUACCUGAGGUACCUGCCCGCGACUUGGGUGAGGAAAUUUUGCAGGAGAGAGAGGCGAGACACAUCAUGCGGUACAGGUCAAGAACAGGGCAGGACGAGCUAGAGGCGGAGAGUUUGGAUAAUUCUAGUGAAAACAGUGAUGGAGUAGAAAGCGAGGGCAUGAGUGAAGGGGGUGGACCGGACGGAGAGGAUAGUGAAAGACGAAAUCAGUGGAUCGACAGGAUUGCUAGGGGAAAGGCAAGACACCGUGAGAAUAAUGGUAAGGCAGCGGCCGACGGUAAAGGCAAGGGACCCCUCCGUGAUAGGAAGAGAGCCACCGGUCGAAGAGCCGGGAAGGAUAAAGAUAACAGUGACAGUGAGGAAGAACUUGCUUUUGAUGGUAUGGAGGAGGAGAUACCUAGACAGAACUUGCUGAAUUCUGCAUUAAGAACGACCUACACUGCAAGGCCAACUCUUGUAAUCGAUCAUUCAAUUGCAGGAGAGAAAAUCGUGCAUGCUGGAUCGUCAUCGUCCUUAUAUAAGUUCAGUUCAUUGCCCAGGAAGACAACAGAAGAUAUCAAUCACAUACCGGGUGAAAGUUCCAGGGGUAUCUAUGUAAAUGGCAAGGCAUCGGAAGAAGAAUCGAAGCCUGCCUUCGCCGCUCCAAGUGCCAUCGUCGAAGCAGCUAGAGCAGCAAUGUCGGGAAAGAGAUCCCGGAGUAAGGGUCCUGUAAUCGAUCAAGAAACGAAAGAAGCUUUUAAUAAAACUUCUUCAAACGGGGCUAGUGUCGGGCGGGACGGUUUAGACCUUCUCCGGGAUUCUCCUCCUGGACAAUCAAGCGGGCGGCCACCACAAGGUUUAAAAUUGCGUGGGAACUUUCAAAGUCCUGCAUACUCUGGUCCCGAGACUGGAUCGAAAUUACAAAGCUUCUCACGAGGAGCAACUGAAAGUCAUUUUGAGAGUAGAACACUGGAACGAGAGAAGAGUAUCGGCACUUGGGAGAGCUCCGGGCAGGUCGUUGUUAAGGACUCAGAUCGAACUAAGGAUAAACCGCGGAGCAACAAGCGGUGGAAGUGGGACAAUGACAACAACAAAGGUGGUACGGACUACUCACCAUCUGAACGAACUGGAUCCGUGAGCAGUACGAUACCUCAGAACGUGUCCUUCAAGGAUUUGGGUGGCAUUGAGGAUACUAUUGAGAUAAUUCGUAAUGUUAUAGAGUAUCCGCUAGCGCACCCAGAACUGUAUGAAUGGUUAGGGGUUCAACCUCCCAGAGGAGUCCUUCUGCAUGGGCCUCCAGGAUGUGGGAAGACGAUGUUGGCAAAUGCCAUAGCUGUGGAGGCUCGAGUACCAUUUCUCAAAAUUUCUGCUCCGGAGGUCGUCUCAGGCAUGUCAGGUGAAUCGGAAGCUAAGGUUCGAGCUCUUUUUGCCGAGGCAGCAAAGGUUGCCCCAUGCAUCAUUUUUAUUGAUGAGAUUGAUGCAAUAACUCCGAAGAGAGAAACAGCACAGAGGGAAAUGGAACGCCGCAUCGUUGCACAGCUUCUGACCUGUAUGGAUGAUUUGGGCCAGUCAUUACAUGACAAAGAUGAGGGUUCAGCUGCAUCCGCAAAGAGAAGAUUUAAGCAUGUGGUUGUGAUCGGAGCUACUAAUCGUCCCGAUGCUCUUGAUCCAGCAUUGCGUAGGGCAGGUCGUUUUGACCGAGAAAUAGCCCUAGGCAUCCCAGACGAGGUGGCUCGGGCACGCAUACUUUCAGUGCUUUCUAAGAAACUGAGAUUGGAGGGCUCAUUUGACUUCAAGCUUAUAGCAAGGCGCACGCCUGGAUUUGUCGGAGCAGAUCUGCAAGCUUUGAUCAAAGAAGCAGCGGCUGUAGCAGUGACUAGGAUUUUCAAAAGUAGAGAUCCGAGGAUAGCUGCAGCCCCAUCUCCUGUUGUUAGAAACGGUUCAGCAAAUGGUGGGUUCCAUGAUGCAAAUAAGGUUUCAACCAUAGCAGAAGAUUGCAAGAGUAUGGACGCGGCUGAUACACCCCACGAUGACCCUUCCACCUUGGCAGUGGUUAGAGGGACCGGGUCUGUCGAAAGUGCAUCCGUGUGUGGAGAUAUGGACACCGAUGAUGGUGAGGCUGAGUCUUGGAGGCGCCCAUGGACCCGCGGAGAGAUGGAUUCACUUUCGAUUACUAUGCAAGACUUCGAGGAAGCUGUUUCUAAAGUUCAACCUUCAGCUAAGAGAGAAGGAUUCGCUACCAUUCCAGAUGUAUCGUGGGAUGAUGUUGGUUCUCUAGGAACUGUUCGAGAGGAGCUGGAAUUUUCUAUAUCCAGACCUAUCAAGUAUCCCGAGGAGUACCAGGCAAUGGGACUAGACAUGGCUACCGGAGUGCUCUUAUAUGGACCACCUGGUUGUGGUAAAACACUGGUGGCAAAAGCUAUUGCAAAUGAGGCAGGGGCGAACUUCAUCAGUGUAAAGGGCCCUGAACUUCUCAACAAGUACGUGGGAGAGAGUGAGCGUGCCGUACGCCAACUAUUUACGAGAGCGCGAGCUUCAGCACCUUGUGUCUUAUUUUUCGAUGAGAUGGAUGCAAUGGCACCGAAGCGUGGAAGUGAUGGGAAUGCCGCUGCGGAGCGAGUGGUUAAUCAGCUUCUUACAGAAAUGGACGGGCUGGAGUCAAGGAAGAGUAUCUUCGUCAUUGCUGCGACGAACAGGCCUGACAUGAUUGAUCCUGCUUUAAUGAGACCUGGACGUCUUGAUAAGCUAUUGUACGUUCCACUUCCUGAUUCUAAAGGAAGAGGUUCUAUAAUGAAGACCUUGGUUCGUAAGGUUCCUCUAGCCCCAGAUGUGGAUGUUUGUGCUAUUGGCGAGAGCGAACGCUGCGAAGGCUUUAGUGGAGCCGAUCUUGCAUCUCUUGUGAGGGAGGCUUGCAUUUCUUCUUUGAGGGAGAAAGAGUUGGGAAGACUAGAAGUUGCUGCUGGCAAUAUUACUGAAGCAGCUGCUCGUGCAACUGAAGACAGUGGACCGCUCGUAACUAAUGAGCAUUUCAAUUCAGCUUUUAUUCGGGUCUUUCCGUCUGUGUCCAACAAGGAUCGAUUACGCUAUGACGACCUGUGUAAGAAGCUGCGUCGUGCGCGCGCUCAUAUUAGCAAGUCCGAGCCAGAGCCAGAAGCUGUCAACACGAAUGCGACAAAGGCGGCUUGAUCAUAUGCUUUGUCGGUUGUCCGCGAUUGGGUGGUAUCACUGUCCAUCUCUGUCAGGCCGUAAGAAGGAAGGGAGGAGAGCAAAUGCAGCGCUUUGUUUUCUACCUUAAAGGUGAUGAGAAGGAUAGUACAAGCGCGUAGACAGGAGGAAAGUACACAGAAGUGGUGCAUAACCUUCCAGCAAUUUUCAGCGAGAUAAUGUAGUCAAGUGCUUCUUGUUGUCGACGUAGAGUAUCAAAAAGGAGUUCAAAGUCUUGUUACGGACAGGAGCGGAGCAUUUGUUUAUGAGUUAAGUCUUGACAUGUUGAGAACUUAUCCGCAAGCUGCCUGGUGGUCAAAGCUUCAGUCUAAUCUUGUGAUCAAAGCAUCUAGAACCAGAAGUACGUUCAAACGUGCACUAGGUUAGGUUUCAAUAGCUCAGGUGGUUGUCUUAUUGAAAACAACAUCAAAACACUGUUCAUUUGAUUCUGGCUAGUCCAAACUUACUGCCGUCUGUAUGACAGUAGAAAUCGGAUGGAGUCAUAGUCUUUGUCUUCGUGGACAACGAUUAUGGCCUGUGAAUGUUAAAUUUUGGAACAACUCCAGUCUGCGUGGAGACCUAGCCUGGUGUCACGAACCUUUUUGGCCAAUCAAUUGAAGAUUU